AUGUAUGCCGAAUACGCUGUCCCUGAAGAAGAUCUUCACAUUCGUCGGACUUGGCAGCAUGUGCUUUUGCAGAACCUCGUGACAGGAGAGUUGGUGGUUUGGAAAGACACACAGUCCUGCAAGGAGUGUGAUCUCCUGGCAGGGCCUCGUGGGUUUGUAAUCCGGCUUGUGGAUCUGGAUGGAGAGAAGAAUGAGAUGCCAGCCCACGAGCAGUUGAGGUACGAGAAGGUCGCUGAUCAAAUUCGAGACAAAGUGGAGGGGACCACCGAGAGGUGGACAACAGCUGCAGCUGCUGUGAAAGGCUGUGCGAUCAAGUGGCUCGUGGCAUUUUGUGGAGGUCAUCAGAACAAGAACUUUGUUGGUGCAUCCUCAGAGUCCUGGCACUUCAAAGUGGGCCAGUACCUUGCUGCUUUGGAAGGCGAAGAGGAGGACCUGGGUCCGGAGGAACUCAGGAAAAGGGUCCAAAUUCACUUCGUUGUCAGUCGCAAAGCAGCAGUCGCGGCCAAGGCCAAGGCAAGGAGCAGGAAGCGAAAACAGCCCGAGGAGGAGGAGGAGGAGGACGAGGGGGAGGAGCAGCAGGUUGAUGAGUCAGCCGAAGCUGACCCCGGACCUGCAGGCGAGUACUCGGCUUCCUUUUUCACAAUUGGUGUCCUGCUGCUGCACUGGAGUACGAGGAAGCUCCACGAACGGAGUCGCUGGAAGGGGAGCAAGGAAGCUGUGGCAGCCAAAGCCACGACAUUGUUGCGAGCCCUAGUCAUUUGUUUCAUCACUGCAUCCCAGCAGGUCGAAGCCAAAGAGGCCAGGCUCAACAUCACUGUCCAGAGCGACUCCGUGCAGCUGGACUGGCCAUCGUUUUGCAGAAGCGAUCCCACCGAAAGCCUCGAGUGCCUGGCUGAAAUGAUGCCUACAGGCGAAAGAGACUUCUGCGAAUGCCUGCAGCAGUGCUGCAAGCAGGAGGUGAAUCCCAACUUCACUUUGAAGAAAAGGAGAGCUUGCCAAAGGGCAGUGGCCUUGCUACUGCAAUGCUUGUGCCACCUCAUCGAAGCCAGCAGGAUGGAUGACAUCUGGAAAGAAACCGAGCUGUGGCAAAUACAGCCACUGAGGAGCCGAAAAGGCUACACGAGGCUGAGUGGUGAACAGAAGGCAGCUGUGCUGGAGCAGACGAAGAAGCAGAAUCUCAGGUACUCCUACUUGCAGCAAGCGAAGGUUACUUUUCGGAACUCUCGGUGGCUCAGCUUGGCAGUGGAUGGAGUUCAAGUGGGCUCCAAGUCCCUGCUGAACACCUUGGCCUGGGAUGGCGACAGCGGUUGGGCUUGCAUCUUUCCCCCACAGGCACCCAACUGGUCCUUGCAAGUCGCCCGGGGCAGCCACCCAAGUGGUCCGUGCAAGAACUUUGCUGGUGCACUUCAAGACCGAGUGGAAGGGACCCACAGCACAGAAGUGGAAACGUACUUUGAGGAAGACGAAGAGUUCCGUGUGGACCCCCACCAUGCAACUGAGCCGCUGCAAUGCCUCAGAGACUCCAAGAAACGCUCCCGAGACUUGGAAGCUGAGGGCCGGAGUUUGAGGGCACGGAUUGACAGUCUGCAAACACAGCUGGACAUUUCCAACAAGGCCAAUAUAGAUGCAGAGCUAGCGAUCCAAGAACGAGAUCUCGAGCUGGGAACAAAGAACGACCAUAUCAAGAUGCUCCUACAAGAGAGAGAUCAGCUCCGGCUCUGUGUCAAGGGAGCACACGAAGCCUCAGGGAGACUCAAGCAAAGCCUGAAGGAUCUCAAUGCAGCAAUGCAAGCCACAAAGAUGGCCACCGAGGACGACACUUUUGUGCCAUCAGAGUCCGAGGCACAUCUCGAUAGCAUCGCAUGCAACGCCGCCAUCAGCGCCUGUGAGAAGAGUGUGGAGUGGAGGUGGGCGGUGUUACUCCUUGGAUCCAUGCACGCAAGAGCUAUUCGAAGAGAUGAAGUGAGCUGCAACGCGGCUGUCAGCGCGAUCCACAAGUCAGGUGCGAGACCUGCUCUGAACCCGCCAUCCGGGUGCGAGAACUCCUCGCAGUGGCGCUUGGCCUUUAGCCUGGGGCGUGGGACAAGAGAGGGUUUGGGGGCCCUCGUGUCAGCGUGCGAGAAGGCUCGUGAGUGGCAGCACGCCUUGGCCGCUCUCGCGAUGCACCGCUUGGAUCGUGUGGCCAUGGAUGUCAUCAGUUGCGAUGCGAUGCUGAUGGCCUGCAGGGCCGGCUCACACUGGCAGGUUGCAUUGGUUCUUCUGGGGUCCAUGGCUUCGGAUUCCAUGCAGCCCACGGCGCUGAGCUUUGACGCUGCACUUCCUGCCUUCGACGCUGGUGGUGGGACGUUUAUCCCAUCGCUGCUCGCAGCGCUGCCGGCCAUUGCCGACCGACUUCGCAGAAAAGCCUGCGGCAGAGUAGUGGCAGAGUAG